AUGUCCCGCAACGCCCAAGUUGAAGAAGUCUCCGACUCGGACCCAGAGGAAGUCGCUCCCUCUUUGGUCCCCAGUCGCGCUCAUGAAUCCAUUCUAUCCGGCGCUUCGAUUCCUACGCAAUCCAUGCCUACGAGACCUGCCCCAGAGCCUCAGCGGGAAAUUCCGAAAUCAUACCAGUGCCUAUACCCGGUGUACUUCGACAAAACACGGACUCGCGCAGAGGGCCGCAAAGUCGGCGCGGAACUUGCUGUGGAGAAUCCGCUGGCCAGGGAUAUCGUUGACGCUGUGCAGAUGCUAGGACUGCGUGUUGGAUUUGAGCCUGAGAAGUUACAUCCCAAAGAUUGGGCGAAUCCAGGCCGAGUGCGUGUGGAAUUGAAGAAUGAAAGCGGAGGACCGAUCAACCCCAAAAUCAAGAACAAGCACCACCUCUAUAUCCUCGUUGCUCAAUACUUGAAAGCCAACCCCACAAACGACCAAUCGCCAUACCGCCUAAGAAUUCGAGGACUGCCGAUGCCUGAAAAGCUCCCGGAAGCUCCCCCGGCUCCCCGUGGUUGGAAAAUUGGCAAGAUUCUACCUAUACAUUCCCCCGCUUACAGCGGAGGUGGGGUCAGCGAUAACCCUUUGAAAGAUGCCAUGGCCGAGAUGCAGAAUAUGCAGGGAAUGCCAGGCAUGCCCCAAAUACCUGGACUGCCCAACAUGGCUGGCAUGAUGGGAGAGCCAUCUGGCGGUAGCGAGAAGAAGAAGAAGGAGAAGAAGAAGGGCAAAGCAUGA